CUCGCCUCACAGCAAGAGGGUUGCUGGUUCGAUCCCGGGCGUGGGAGCCCUUCUGUGCAGAGUUUGCAUGUUCUCCCCGUGUCAGCGUAGGUUCUCUCCGGGCACUCCGGCUUCCUCCCACAGUCCAAAGACAUGCAGCCAGCCUGGAUAGGCAUGUACGAUGACGUGAACAGCUGGGGAUGGUCACAGACAGAUAGAAGUUUCUUCAAAGACCAGGAGACUGAGUUCAGGAAAUGGUGGACUGAAGAACAGAACAAUCUACACAGCGGAGAACACUGCGUACAGAUGUUUGAUAAUGGAUAUUGGAAUGAUGAACACUGUAAUGAAACAUUUCCAUCGGUCUGCUUUAAUGGCGGAGGAACAUUUACCCUCAUUAACAACUCCAUGACAUGGGCUGCAGCUCAGAGCUACUGCAGAGCGUGCAACAAUGACCUGGCCAGUGUGAGAAAUGAGGCAGACAACCAGAAGAUAAAGGAGCUGAUAUCCCCAGGACAAACAGUCUGGAUCGGCCUUUUCAGAGACUCCUGGAAGUGGUUAGAUGGAAGUGACAACUCAUUUACAUACUGGAAACAAGGGGAACCUAAUAACAGGAUCAAGAAAGAGACUUGUGUGGCAGCAGACUUGGGCCAAUCCAGCAAAUGGGAGGACCGGCCUUGCAGUGAGACCGCAGCUUUUAUUUGCUACAGUCGUGUUGUGCCUAUUAAGAAAGUGAUGAAAGUGAAGCUGGUGACAAAGGACUCUCCUCUGGAUCUGAAUGACUCUGCUGUGAUGGUGGACCUCUUAAAGCAGCUCAAACAGAGGCUGAAGGCCAAAGGAGUGACUGAAGGCGUCAAACUGAGCUGGAGGAAGCAGUCGGACGGAAAGGUCUUUCACAAGGAGGAGAAAAAGAUGAAGAGAAAACCUACUGCAAAAAAAGAUGAGUUUUAAUGUCUGCUUUCAUGGAAGAUGUGUUUCCUUUGUCCUUUAAAAGAGGCAUGUUUUGUCAAACAGCUGUUGUUUGCCUCUAAUUUGCAAGCCUUCCUUGAGAUAUACAAUUAAUAAUCUUAUGUAUUAUUUAAUGUAGUUUUAUGCUUAAAAUGAAACAACUUAUGGGGUUGCUCACCUCAUAGAGCGUGCACCCCAUGAGCUAGUCCUUUGCAGCGACCCCUUUGCUGUCAUGUCAUGCUCUCUUUCUGUCCCCCUUUGUCGUUUAUCUUCAGCUGUACAAUCUAAUAAACGCAAAAAAGCCCAAUAAUGAUCUAAUCCUUUUUUUAAAAGCAACUCAUGAAAGUGCGUCACCCUGGUCCAAUUCAGAGGCAGGACUAUAGCACUAGUGUCUGCCACAGCAUCUUUUCCAUAGUACUGUUACUGACACACAAGAAGAAAGAGAACAUAAAAGCAUGAACGUUAGCAAGCUGUAGGUAUAACAAGGAAUGUCUUUGUUGCAACUGUGAUGGACGAUGAAUAAUAACCGCCAUUUGAGGCUGCCAGCAGCAAAACUGUAGGCCAAAGCAUCUAAAUGCAUUGUGAUGCUGAUUUGCAUCUAGUGAUGUGGAUCCUGAUAGACUGUUC